CUGAAGAUGAAGCUAUUAGCAUUGCCUCACUUCGCUUUUACAACAAACUACGUCAAGGAAUGAAGUUUCAGUCGACAGUCUGAAAGGACGUACGAUUCGAGCCCGACGUCCGUAAGAAGUAAGCGCGACCGCGACCUACCUAGUCUUAUCUCUUAUCACGUUUAAAAUGAUACAUCGUAUUACCUCACGAGUGCUAUGAUAAACGUUUUACACACGAUAAACUGUCCAUAAACGGGUUUAUUUCAUGUUAAUAAUAUCAUUAGUCACAGCUAAUUCGGAUUCGAAAUUCAUGAAAUCUAGCAAAAUAAUGAACUUUUUUAAUGAGUUAAAAGCUAGUUUAAGGUGAAUAAGUGAUUUUAUUAUUCUGCGAAAUGCGGUGCUUUGUUCUCUUCUUGCUGAUAGUGUAUGCUGUCAAUUGUGACCGACUUUGUGCUAAGGAAGAGAGUUUGGAUAUAAGUGAGGGUGUUAGGCACGAAAAUGGUUCAAUAAUUUUCAAUGGCAUCGAAUACCCUCAGGGUAAAUGGUACGACUUCGUAGAAGAUGGUAACACGACAACAUUUGGAUGUCCAUGUAUUGGACGAUUGUGCUUGUGGAGGUGUUGUGACCGAGGACAAGCCUUUCUUAACCGAACAUGCACUGAUUUGAAUAUACCAGAAAUAAAUCCCUUCAACCCACCUGUGUUUAAAGGAACUGAGCCAACAAAUAUAUCAGCACACGAACGUUUCUUCUACAUGUACAAAAUAUCCUGUGAGAAAUAUCUCGUACCCUCCAAUUCUAUGGAAGAAGAAAUAUAUAUUCAAGAGGACGGAACGCUCUAUGAAAUAUCAAUGAGUAAUCCAUUAUGGCACUCGCCAUCAAACUUCUGCGUUGAAAUGAUGCAAGAUAGUAAUUCACCGAAUCCAAGACUGGUGGCUGGAGUCUGUUACCCUGACGAAGUGGAAGACGACAGUGCUGGAUUGUAUAUAGCUUAUGGAGUUGGUCUCAUGCUGUCGGUACCAUUUUUACUGGCGACGUUCUUCGUAUAUGCCUUCAUCCAUGAGCUUCGAAACCUGCACGGGAUGUGUCUGAUGGCUUACUGCGCGGGUCUUAUCAUUGCUUAUAUAUUUCUUGCCUACUUGAAAAUGCAUACGGGAAAAAUCGGUGUAGCUAUGACAGGAUGCUACAUAAUUGCCUUCAUCGUAUACUAUGCAUUUCAGUCGAGUUUUUUCUGGCUAAACAUUAUGUGUUUUGACAUAUGGAGAACUUUUCGUGGAUACAGGGGCAGUUCAAAUAAAAGGCGGGAGAAGAAACGCUUUGCCAUGUACGGGGCUUACGCGUGGGGUGUUCCAAUAAUUUUGACCAUCAUUACUAUCGUUAUGCAAUUCAAUGAGAAUCUUCCAUCUCACAUAAUUACCCCAGGCUUUGGAAGUAGGAAAUGCUGGUUCGAAAAUUGGAUAAGCGAGUUGGUAUACUUCUUCACACCAGUAUUUGUGUUAGUGGUGUGUAAUGUGGCGUUCUUCGCUUUUACAGCGUAUAGAAUCCGAUCUAUUCGACAAGAAACCGCUAUUUUAAAAGGUGCGGAGUCAGCUAGAAGUGACAAGCUGAUGAAGGAUAAACAGAGGUUUGGGCUGUAUUUGAAACUGUUCGUGGUGAUGGGUGUGAAUUGGUCUGUAGAGGUGAUCAGUUUCGCUGUGGGUGGUUCCAAUUGGUACUGGAUUCUGGUUGACCUCUCUAACAUAGCUUUGGGAAUUUAUAUCUUUUUUAUAUUCGUUUGGAAGAAGAAAGUACGAAAUUUGGUAGUUAAGAAAUGGCAGAAAAUGCGUGGUGUUCGUACAGCAGAGUCCAGCACAGGCAGAUGGAUGUCAAGCACUGCUCCAACCGAAGAUACGCGUAUCUCUAAUGAUGAUUCGGCUAUUAGGUUGAAGGAAUUGCAUUAGAAAAGUUCCAGUUUGAGAAUAUUUCACGAGUAUACAUCACUACAAAAAGUAUCCACCAAUAGAUUUAUUCUAGAGUCUAAUCGAGUCGUUAAUAAUGUUACUAGUCAUAAUAUUGUAGCUUAUUUUUUAUAAAACACUCGUGUCUUGUUCCCAGUUGUAUUUGUGCAUUUAUGUAUUUGUUAGGAUUGUACUUUAAGUUUAGACAUGACCGUUUUUUCUGUAAUAAGUAAGUAUAGGAGAUAUUUUUGUAAUGCAUACUUAUUCUUUUAUCCCGUUAAAAUGUACCAACAAUCCAAAUAUAACUUUGAUAAUGAUAAUUGUAAUUAAUUAUACGAUGAAUUAAAGUUGUUUAUUUUAAUAGAAUAUUAUAUUUCUUUAAGGGUUUA